GCACGCGCACUUGUGUCUAGCGGCACCGCUAGCUUAGUAACCCCGCCGGGGAGAUUGGAAACCGCGGAGUUUCCGUGUGGAAUCUGCGGCUAGCAGGGACUUGCUAUGUUGGGCGCCGGAGGGCGUUAAGAGCCGAGAGAGAGACGAGGUGUCUCUGAAGACCGGUCGCCUGGACCAUGAAGAGGAUUUUUAGUAAGAAGGGCGAGUCCCCCUUGGGUUCCUUCGCGCGGCGGCGGAGGAGCAACUCGGGCGGCGGGGGCGAGCCCGGGGACGGCGCCUACUCGCAGCCCGGGUACCACGUCCGAGACCGAGAUCUCGGCAAGAUACACAAAGCUGCCAGCGCGGGUAAUGUGGCGAAAGUGCAGCAGAUUCUUCUGCUCAGGAAGAAUGGCUUGAAUGAUAGAGACAAGAUGAACAGGACAGCUCUGCAUUUGGCCUGUGCAAGUGGUCAUCCAGAAGUAGUAACUCUCCUGGUGGACAGAAAAUGCCAGCUCAAUGUCUGUGACAAUGAAAACAGGACAGCUCUGAUGAAGGCUGUUCAAUGCCAGGAAGAGGAAUGUGCAACUAUUCUGCUAGAACAUGGGGCUGAUCCAAAUCUUGCCGAUGUCCAUGGCAACACUGCUCUCCACUAUGCAGUCUAUAACGAGGACAUGUCAGUAGCAACAAAGCUGCUUUUGCAUGAUGCAAAUAUCGAAGCAAGAAACAAGGAUGACCUCACGCCACUUUUACUUGCAGUAAGUGGAAAAAAGCAGCCAAUGGUGGAAUUUUUAAUAAAGAAAAAAGCAAAUGCGAAUGGAGUAGAUAAAUUGGAAAGCAGUCACUACCUGAUUUCAGAAUGCAAAGAAGAAAGGAUACCUAAAAAUUCUUCUCAAAAUAGUGUUUCAGCGGAUGAGAGCUCUGAAGAUUCCUUAAGCAGGCUUUCUGGCAAACCAGGUAUUGAUGAUUCAUGGCCUACCUCAGAUGAUGAAGAUGUCAAUUUUGAUAUCAAGAAUGUCCCAAAACCAAGCUUAGCAAAGCUAAUGACUGCUUCUCAGCAAUCCAAGAAAAACUUAGAAGCAACAUAUGACAUUGUGAGAACAGGAAAUAGAACUUCGUUUGAGGAUAGAGAUUCUGAUAGUCAAGAUGAAGUUGUGAUUGAAAGCCUUCCUACAACAUCAAUCAAAGUCCAGGGCUUUUCUCAUCCUACCAAUCCAUUACCUGACCCUCUUCCGAAACUUUCCCACAAGUCGUUAGCAAACCCUGGUCUUACAAAGGAAGGAACAACAAAGCCAGCCACUGGAAAAAAAGAAAAUGGUCUUGAUACUAUUGAAAGUCCUCCACUAGAGCAAACAGAUAAUGACAAUUUGACUUAUGUUGAUGAAGUGCCCAAAAAUAAUAGAAGUGAUAUGAUGACCGCAUUAGGAUUAGGACAAGAGGAAGACAUAGAAUCACCUUGGGAUUCUGAGAGUAUCUCUGAGAAUUUUCCACAGAAGUAUGUUGAUCCUUUAGCUGGGGCUGCAGAUCAAAAAGAAAAAAAUAUAGGAAAUGAACAAGCAGAAGGUAUGUUUUAUAUACCUUCUUGCAUGAGUGGAUCAAGAAACUUUAAGAUGGCUAAACUAGAGGAUACAAGAAAUGUAGGCAUGCCAGUAGCCCACAUGGAGUCUCCUGAGAGAUAUCAUCACUUGACGGUACCUACCAUUGAAAUGAAAGAUUCUGUUCCAAAUAAAGCAGGAGGAAUGAAGAAUGUACAAACACCCAAAGCAGCUGAACAUGACUUAGAAGUAACAUCAGAAGAAGAGCAAGAAAGGAAAGGAAGUGAAAAUAACCAGUCACAGGUUGAAGAAGAAAGGAAAAAACACAGAAAUAAUGAAAUGGAAGUAUCAGCAAACAUAUAUGAUAGUGCUACUGAUGAUGAAGAUGAUGAAGAUGUUGAUGAUAAUGAUGGAUUAAUUCAAGAAAGAAGGAGUAGAAAAACUGAUGAUCAACAAUUUCCUAGGAAGGAAAAUAAAGAGUAUGUUAGUAGUGGUCCUGCCUUGCAAAUGAAGGAAGUAAAGAAAGGAAAACCUACCUCAAAAGAAUCUGUGAAUUCACUGGUGUUUGAGAAUGCCAGCUUACUAACUGGUGGCCUGCUACAAGUGGAUGAUGACAGCAGUUUAAGUGAAAUAGAUGAGGAUGAAAGAAGGCUUACUAAGAAAACAUCUAAUGAAAAGAACAAGGUCAAAAACCAAAUACAGUCUAUGAAUGAUGUUGAUGACUUAACUCAGUCAUCUGAAACAGCCUCAGAGGAUUGUGAACUGCUCCACUCUAAUUACAAGAAUUUUAUGUUGCUCAUUGAACAACUUGGAAUGGAGUGUAAAGAUUCUGUUACCCUAUUGAAAAUCCAGGAUGCAGCUCUUUCAUGUGAAAGAUUAUUAGAACUUAAAAAAAAUCACUGUGAACUGCUUACAGUAAAAAUUAAAAAAAUGGAAGAUAAGGUUAAUGUACUACAGAAGGAGCUAUCUGAAACAAAAGAAAUAAAAUCACAGUUAGAGCAUCAGAAAGUUGAAUGGGAACGAGAACUGUGCUCUUUAAGAUUUAGCUUAAACCAAGAAGAAGAGAAGAGAAGAAAUGCUGAUAUGUUGUAUGAAAAAAUUAGGGAACAGUUAAGAGGGAAAGAAGAGCAAUAUAGGAAAGAAGUUGAAGUGAAACAACAACUUGAACUGACUCUCCAAACACUGGAGAUGGAAUUAAGGACUGUAAAAAGUAAUUUGAAUCAGGUCGUACAAGAGCGAAAUGACACUCAGAGGCAACUUUCUCGAGAACAGAAUGCCAGAGUGUUACAAGAUGGAAUUCUGACCAAUCACCUUUCCAAACAAAAGGAGAUUGAAAUGACUCAAAAGAAAAUGAAUUCUGAGAAUUUUCAUAGUCAUGAAGAAGAAAAAGACUUAUUGCAUAAAAAUAGUGUGUUGCAGGAAGAAAUUGCUAUGCUAAGACUAGAAAUAGACACAAUAAAAAAUCAAAACCAGGAAAAAGAAAAGAAAUGUUUUGAGGACAUUGAAACUGCAAAAGAAAAGAAUGAAGACCUUCAGAAGACUAUAAAACAGAAUGAGGAAACGUUAACACAAACAAUAUCCCAGUAUAAUGGACGACUUAAUGUUCUGACAGCAGAGAAUGCAAUGCUAAAUUCUAAACUGGAGAAUGAAAAGCAAAGCAAGGACAGACUGGAAACAGAAGUUGAAUCAUACCGUGCUAGACUGGCUGCUGCUAUACAUGAUCGUGAUCAAAGUGAGACAUCAAAAAGAGACCUAGAACUUGCUUUCCAGAGAGCAAGAGAUGAGUGGUCUCGUUUACAGGACAGAAUGAAUUUUGAUGUGUCCAACCUAAAAGAUAACAAUGAGAUUCUUUCUCAACAACUUUCUAAAACUGAAAGUAAACUCAAUAGCCUAGAAAUUGAGCUGCAUCACGCGAGAAAUGCCCUCAGAGAAAAGACUUUGGGUUUAGAACGGGUACAAACAGACCUAAGCCAAACACAGUGUCAAAUGAAGGAAAUGGAACAGAAGUAUCAAAAUGAACAAGUUAAAGUGAAUAAAUACAUUGGAAAACAGGAGUCUGUAGAGGAGAGAUUGUCUCAACUACAAAGUGAAAAUAUGUUGCUUCGACAACAACUGGACGAUGCCCACAACAAGGCUGACAGUAAAGAGAAGACAGUGAUUAAUAUCCAAGAGCAGUUUCAUGCUAUUGUGCAAAAACUUCAAGCUGAGAGCGAAAAGCAAAGUCUUCUAUUAGAAGAAAGAAAUAAGGAGUUAAUCAGUGAAUGUAAUCACCUAAAAGAAAGACAGUAUCAAUAUGAAAAUGAAAAGGCAGAAAGAGAAGUUGUUGUGAGACAGCUUCAACAAGAACUGGCUGAUACCCUAAAAAAACAGUCUAUGUCAGAGGCUUCACUGGAGGUUACAUCACGUUAUCGUAUUAAUUUAGAAGAUGAGACACAGGAUUUAAAGAAGAAAUUAGGUCAAAUCAGAAAUCAAUUGCAGGAAGCACAGGAUCAACAUACAGAAGCUGUCAGAUGUGUUGAGAAGAUGCAAGAUCACAAGCAAAAGCUUGAAAAAGAUAAUGCCAAGUUAAAAGUUAAAAUCAAAAAGCAAAUGGACAAAAUUGAAGAGCUUCAGAAAAACCUGUUAAAUGCAAAUUUGUCUGAGGAUGAAAAGGAACAAUUAAAGAAACUUACGGAAUUAAAGCAGUCUCUGGAAUGUAAUUUGGAUCAAGAAAUGAAAAAAAAUGUUGAAUUAGAAAGAGAGAUAACUAGAUUUAAGAACCUCUUAAAAAUGACAAGAAAGAAGUUAAAUGAAUAUGAAAAUGGAGAGUUUAGUUUCCAUGGAGAUUUAAAAACUAGUCCAUUUGAAAUGGAUAUUCAGAUUAAUAAGCUAAAACAUAAGAUUGGUGAUCUUACAGCAGAACUGGAGACUGCAGGUUCAAAAUGUCUGCAUCUGGAUACAAAGAAUCAAGUUCUUCAACAGGAGUUGUUAUCUAUGAAAACAAUACAGAAGAAGUGUGAAAAACUACAGAAGAAUAAAGAGAAGUUGGAACAAGAAGUGGUCAACCUCAGAAGUCAUAUAGAAAGGAAUAUGGUAGAACAUGGUCAAGUCAAACAGUAUAAACAGGAGAUUGAAGAAAGAGCAAGACAGGAAAUAGUAGAAAAAUUAAAAGAAGUCAAUCUCUUUUUACAGGCACAAGCAGCAUCUCAAGAAAACUUGGAACAGUUAAGAGAGAAUAAUUUUGCUUCAAUGAAAAGUCAAAUGGAACUCAGAAUUAAAGAUCUGGAAUCUGAACUCUCCAAAAUGAAAACUUCUCAAGAAGAUUUUAAUAAAACCGAACUGGAAAAAUAUAAACAACUGUAUCUAGAAGAAUUAAAAGUUAGAAAAUCCUUGUCAAAUAAACUAAACAAAACUAAUGAGAGGCUAGCAGAGGUCAACACCAAACUUCUUGUGGAAAAACAGCAGACCAGAUCUUUAUUCACCACUCUCACUACCAGGCCAGUCCUGGAGUCUCCUUGUGUUGGAAAUCUUAAUAAUAGUUUAGAUGUGAACAGAAAACUUAUUCCAAGAGAAGACUUAGUGAUCUCUACCUCAAAUCCACGGACUUCAAAUAAUAGCAUGGAGAAAUACUUGACCAAGAUGCAGCAGGAGUUGGAAAAAAAUAUAACUAGAGAACUUGAAGAAGCUGCUGCUGAAUUGGAAUCUGGAUCAGUGGCUUCUCCUCUAGGAUCUACUGCUGACUCAAUUCUAAAUCAAGAUCUAGUUUGGAAAGCAUCAAGAGAGUAUGUACAGGUUUUAAAGAAAAAUUAUAUGAUCUGAAGGAUAAAAUUUUGUUACUGGGUUGUUUACGUGACAUUUUAAUAGUUUCUCAUUAGAUAUUAAUAUAUGACAUAUGAAAAUCUUUAUUAAAGGGAAAUAUUUUUAUAUUAUGUGUGUCUGAUCAAAAUUUAUAUAGUAUUUUAAACAAUGUUACUUGGCGUCUUUAAGUGGACUUUGCCAGUGAAAACCAGGAAUAUUGAGUUUUACAUACACAAACUGCCCAAAUGUCAGCUGUUUAAAGAGCAAAAUCACGAAGUUGUCAUUAAUACUUUAUAGUGUGCAGUUAAUUGAUGACUUCUUUCUAUUUUAUAAUUUUUAUCACUGUAGUGGUAGAAUUGGACUUAGACGUCAUUUUGUUGUGCAAGAACUGUGGUCAUUGUUCAUGUGUGGAUGUAUUACAGUUGUUACAGUGCCAUCGCAUCAGAUUUACAUAAUUUUAAUUUUAAACACUGAUUUAUGUAGAUCUUUUCUCAGGGAGAAAUGAGAUUUGCCUAAUUCACCUUUUCUAUUUUUUAUUAACCUUUUGGAAAUAGCCUUCAAUUUUGAGAUAAUUUUCAAGUUUUAGUACAAAGACUUUUCCGCUAGAACUAUUUGAGAGUAAAUUGCUGACUAUGCCAUCAUCCCUGAUUUCUUUAGUGGGUUUUCUUACAAGUCAGGACUGUCUACAUACUACAGUGCAAAUCUUGCAUUCAGAAAGUCAACAUUAAUACAUUCUAGUUUUGUUACUUCUCUAUAAUGUCCUUUAUAGCAAAAGGAUCCCAUUCCAAUCCAUGGCUUGUAUUUAGUUGUUGUGUCUCUUAGAUUCUUUCAGUCUGGAACAGUUCCUCAGUCUUUUCUUGACAUUCGUGAGCUUGAAUAUUUUGAAGAGUAAAGUCCAGUAAUGUAGAAUGUCCCUCAGUUGGGUUUCAUGGUGAUUAGAUUUAGGUUGUAUGAUUUUUUGGCAGGAGUAUCACAGAAGUGACCCAGUGAUCUCAUUGCAUGUUACCUGUGACCAUACAGUUUUGAUUUGCCCUGUUACUGGCGGUGUUAGCAUUGAUCACUAACAGUGGUAUCUGCUGAAUUUCUCCUCUGUAAUGUUAUUUUUUCACAUUGUGGAUAAUUAGUAUUUUAUGGGGAGGUAAUUUGAGACUAUGUACAUCUCUGUUCCUCAUCAAACCCUCAAUUUAUUCAUUUACUUGUAUCAAUAUGGAUUCAUGGUUUAUUCAAUGGGUUAUAGUUCAUAUCAUUAUGAAAAAAAGUUCUAUUUUGACAAUUUCAGACUUAUAGAAAAAUUAUGAGAGGUAGUACAAAGAAUUUUUGGAUAUUAUUCCCCAAAUAUUAACAUUUUACUACAUUUACUUUAUCCUUUCUCCUCCUUCUCCUCCUCUUUUUAGAUAAAUAUGAAUACAGUUAAAUACAGAUUUUUUUUUUCUGAAUUGUUUGUAGGUUGCAGACA